AUGGAGCUGAGCCUGGAGAGCCUCGGGGGUCUGCACGGCGUGGCCCACGCGCCGGCCGGCGAGCUCCUGAGCCCCGCUCACGGCCCGCACCGCAGCCUGGUGGCCCCGGGGCGCGCGGGGCUGGCGGCGGGCAUGGCGGGGUUGCUGGACGGCGGCGGCGGUGGAGGCGGCGGCGGAGGCGGCGGGGCCGGGGGCGGCGGCGGCGGGGGCCCCGGGAGCCCGGCUGACUUCCGCGGGGAGCUGGCGGGUCCGCUGCACCCCGCCAUGGCCAUGGGCUGCGACGGGCCGGGGCUGGGUGCCACCUACGCCACGCUCACGCCCCUGCAGCACCUGCCGCCGCUGGCCGCCGCCGUGGCCGACAAGUUCCACCCGCACGCCGUGGCCGGAGCCCACGCGGGACACCCCCACGCGCACGCGCACGCGGGGCCGCCGCCCCCGCCGCCGCCGCCGCCGCCCCAGCGCCUGGCGGCCGGCGUGAGCGGCAGCUUCACCCUCAUGCGCGACGAGCGCGCCGCGCUGGCCUCCGUGGGCCACCUCUACGGUCCCUACGGCGCCAAGGAGCUGCCGGCCAUGGGGUCGGCGCUCUCGCCGCUGCCCAACGCGUUGCCACCGGCCCUGCACGGCGCCCCGCAGCCGCCGCCCCCGCCGCCGCCGCCGCCGCUGGCCGCUUACGGGGGCCCCGCUCACCUGGCCGGGGACAAGCUGCUGCCACCCGUCGCCGCCGCCGCCGCCGCCGCAGCCUUCGAGCCGCACGCGGCGGCGCUGCUGGGGCGCGCGGAGGACGCGCUGGCCCGGGGGCUUCCCGGAGGCGGCGGCGGCGGUGGAGGAGGAGGAGGAGGAGCGGGCGGCGGCGGAGCGGCGGGGUUGCUGGCACCGCUGGGAGGGCUGGCGACCUCGACAGCGCACGGGCCACACACCGGCGGCGGCGGCGGUGGCGGCCCGGGAGCCGGCGGCGUGUCCGAAGAGAUCAACACCAAGGAGGUGGCGCAGCGCAUCACGGCCGAGCUGAAGCGGUACAGCAUCCCGCAGGCCAUCUUCGCGCAGCGCAUCCUGUGCCGCUCGCAGGGGACCCUCUCCGACCUGCUGCGUAACCCCAAGCCUUGGGGCAAGCUCAAAUCCGGCCGCGAGACCUUUCGGAGGAUGUGGAAGUGGCUCCAGGAGCCCGAGUUCCAGCGGAUGUCGGCGCUGCGCCUGGCAGCCUGCAAGCGCAAAGAGCAGGAGCAACAGAAAGAGCGCGCCCUGCAGCCCAAGAAGCAGCGCCUGGUGUUCACGGACCUGCAGCGCCGCACGCUCAUCGCCAUCUUCAAGGAGAACAAGCGGCCGUCCAAGGAGAUGCAGGCGACCAUCUCGCAGCAGCUCGGCCUGGAGCUCAACACCGUCAGCAACUUCUUCAUGAACGCGCGGCGCCGCUGCAUGAACCGCUGGGCCGAGGAUCCCGGCGCCACCCCCGGCCCCGCGGCCGCCUCCGCCACCUUCUCCAAGGCCUGA